GCGGGUCGGGGGUCCGGAGGCGCCGCUGCAGGUGAGGGGGCCCGGCCGCGCCCCGCGGGGUUUGAGCUCUCGGCCGCUCUGCCUCGGCCCGAGGGAGCCGUGCGGGGCUGGGGCGGCAGGGCAGGGCUCGGCUCCGGGCUGUUCCAGCCGCGCCUCGCGGGAAGCGACCCCGCAGGUGCGGCCCCGCUGCCUCCGCCGGGACGCGGAGCGCGCUGCCAGCUGCGGCUGCUGCGGGGAUCGAGGAGCGGCUGCCCCCUCCGCCGUCCCGCAGUGCUACUGUUGGUUGAAGCUUUAGCCUUUUGCUGAGAGGCCUGGAGGCAGACCUCUGUGUGUAACACAUGGCGGCACAGUGUGUGACAAAGGUGGAGCUGACUAUUGCCUGCACCAAUCUCUUGGAUAAAGAUGUUGGUUCCAAGUCAGACCCUUUGUGUGUGCUUCUCCAGAACACGAGUGGUCAGCAGUGGUAUGAGGUUGAUCGCACAGAAAGAGUUAAGAAUUCCUUGAACCCAAGGUUUGCCAAGAAAUUCUUAAUUGAUUAUUAUUUUGAGCUUGUUCAGAAACUUAAAUUUGGAAUAUAUGACAUUGAUAACAAAACCUAUGAUCUGAGUGAUGAUGACUUCUUAGGAGAAUUAGAAUGUACUCUGGGACAGAUAGUUUCUAGCAGGACUCUAACGAAACCAUUAGUACUUAAAAAUGGCAAACCAGCUGGAAGAGGAAGCAUUACGAUUACAGCAGAAGAAGUAAAGGAUAACAGGGUGGUUGUAUUGGAAUUAGAAGCAAGGAAACUGGACAAUAAGGAUUUCUUUGGAAAGUCAGAUCCUUAUCUGGAAUUCCACAAACAGACUGGAGAUGGAAACUGGGUGAUGGUUCACAGAACAGAGGUUAUUAAAAACAACCUGAAUCCUGUUUGGAAGCCCUUUAAAAUCUCUCUCAAUUCUCUGUGUUACAGUGACAUGGAUAAGUCAAUCAAGGUUGAAUGCUAUGACUAUGAUAGUGAUGGGUCUCAUGAUCUCAUAGGAAGUUUUCAAACGACGAUGUCAAAACUGAAGGAGGCAUCUCGGUCAUCACCUGUUGAAUUUGAGUGCAUCAAUGAAAAGAAAAGGCAGAAGAAAAAGAACUAUAAAAACUCUGGCAUUGUGAGCGUUAAGCAUUGUGAGAUCAUUAUAGAAUGCACAUUCCUUGAUUACAUCAUGGGUGGGUGUCAGCUGAAUUUCACUGUGGGGAUAGAUUUUACAGGCUCCAAUGGAGACCCUCGCUCUCCGGACUCUCUGCAUUACCUCAGCCCUAAUGGAGUUAAUGAAUACCUAACAGCCAUUUGGUCUGUCGGGAUGGUCAUUCAGGAUUAUGAUACAGAUAAGAUGUUUCCAGCCUUUGGAUUUGGUGCACAAAUUCCUCCUUCCUUUCAGGUGUCUCAUGAAUUCCCAAUAAAUUUUAACCCAUCAAACCCAUUCUGUAGUGGGAUCCAAGGCAUUGUUGAUGCAUAUCGAGCCUGUCUUCCUCAAGUGAAGUUAUAUGGACCAACAAAUUUUUCUCCAAUUAUAAAUCAUGUGGCAAGGUUUGCUGCUGCAGCUACUCAACAGCAAACAGCAUCUCAAUACUUUAUCCUGCUGAUCAUAACGGACGGUGUGAUAACAGACCUCGAUCAAACCCGAGCUGCCAUAGUUAACGCUUCCAAGCUGCCCAUGUCCAUUAUCAUUGUGGGUGUUGGAGGAGCAGACUUCGACGCCAUGGAGUUUCUUGAUGGUGACGAUGGAGUUCUGAGGUCCCCGUCGGGAGAACCGGCUGUCAGAGACAUUGUCCAGUUUGUGCCAUUCAGGAAGUUCCAAAAUUCUCCCAAAGAAGCUCUGGCUCAGUGUGUCCUGGCAGAAGUCCCUCAACAAGUGGUCAACUACUUCAGCACCUACAAACUUCAGCCUCCUAAGAAUCCUGCUGCAAAAUGAAUGGGCUGAGCAGAGGAAGACUUUGUGCUUGCUUUACUUGCUGUAUCUACAGACUUUGGUUCUUGAUAUACUUCUGUAUACAUGUACACAUGCCUCUGUAUCGUAAUGUCUGUUAGCUUUUGCCUAUAAAUCACUUUGCCAAGUGCCUUCUAAGGGCCAAAAUACUAAUGGUGUUUAGAUUUGAUGUUGAUUUGAGAGAUAGUGCCUACAUGGAUGCAUUUGAUUUUGAAAAGACUGGAAAAAGAGUUUCUCUUAAGCCACCAUAACAAAAUUUUGACACAGAUGUUUCAUAUUCAAACAAGUGCCACAGAAUGUAAAGGCCCUCCUUGCACAACUGCUUCUUGUUUGCCACUUCAGUGCCUUUGAGCAAUGCCUAGGAUUCAGGGCUGUGUGAACAUAAGCCAAAGAAGACAUUAAAGUAUAUAUUCUUUUAUAUUCUGCCUUCUCUUAAGGUAGUAUGGGAAUAACUAGGGUGAAUCAAACUAAACCUCUAAUAUCCCAGAAGAAAACUACUGGCCUUUGAGGCUACUACUGUAAGGGCUGUGUGUUCCAAUGUGCAAUGUACUGGAAAAUGGAAAUUUCACAUUUAUUUUGGUAGGGAUUUUGUUGUGGGGUUCCCCCCCAUAAAACAGUCAUCACUAUUGAUCUUUAAAGGACUUUUUGUGAAGUAGGAAUUAGAUUUCUAGUUUUAAAGUUUUCUCUGAUUUACAGCUGUAUAUUCUGAUGUAAAGGCAGUUCUUCAAAGUGCUACCUGUAUUUACUUUUGUCAUAUUUUGAAUCAUGUUGUUUUUCCAUGAGCCCACUAAUGAAAACCGCCUACAAAAAACCAAAUAUUCCCCCUUUCUCACCCUUUAGGAAUACAUAAAGUCAAGUCACUCAAGCCCUAAUCCUAUAAUCAUACUGCGUUUCUUUAGGGCAAACAAUUUCUGUUUUUUUUACUUGGGUUGAGUUUUCCAUUCACCUUUUAUACCAAAUGUAAAUCAUGUGUUUUGCAGUUUCACAUUUGAAGUGGUUUAGAGUUAGACAUCCAACUUAUCUCAUGUGUAUGGUCUGGCUGUAGUAUGUAAGAACAGAAUGGGUUAAUGCUUAAUUUAGUACACUUGGACACUCAAUAUUUCACCAGGUUAUAGUGUAUUUGCCUUUUACUUGCUGGAGCUGCUUAAUGUGCUUUUGGUGGGGUUUUUUGGGUUGUUUGUUUGUUUGUUUUAUACAUGUACAAUCCUGUCCAAAGUCUGAAUUCACAUUAACCUUGAUGGAUGAAAGCUACAUCUAUUGAGAUUAUCUUACACAAGACAUACCAAAUGCUUUGUAGAUAAUUGACAUUUAUCAAUCAAUCAUGAAUAUUAUCUCCACUCCAUUUUUCUUGGUGGAAGGGGAUCCUAAAUACUAUCAAGUAGUGGAAUGCUAUGGAAGAGAGUUUGUUUCAUGUUAAGCCAAGCUCUUUCUUUUUUAAAAAAUGUAAUUCAUAUAUUUAUGUAAAAAAAAAUCUGUAAUCAUCUUUUUACCAGUGUAGUGAAAAUCUGUUACUACUUUAUGUACAAAUUACAAUGAAGUAUCAUAUCAUAUAUGCAACUCAAAAUAUUGAGAUCAAGGAUAUUAUUUACUAUAAUGAACCUAAAUCACACUGCUGCAAAUUGACAGUGUAUGAUUUUGGAAGCAUAAACUGUUUCACAGCUACCUGCUUCAUGUACAGAGAGAACUGGAUGCAGUAUUAAUGCUUUGUCUACAUUAAUUUUAGUGGAUGAGUCCUACUGAUAGGAGUACAGGAUACUACUGAAGUUCUUCCUAGCUGUUUGCCAAAAAUAUAAUGCUGCACCUGAGUUGUGUUACUAAUUCUAAGUUGCCAUGGAAGUGCAUUUGAAUGUGUUAGUAUGUAUUAUCAUAGUAAGUAUCUGUUGCGUGUAGAAGAAAACCUGUUGUUAUGUCUGUAUUCUAUACAUAAAUUCUGAGUUUCUACAGUAAAGACUUCAUUAUCUCUUAUUAGAGAAUUGCUCCCAUGUUCCUCAAGCUUAGGGAGUUAAAUCAAUGACACCUAGUUCUCAAUGUGCCCUAUUCUUUGUAAAUUAAAUGUUUCAGACAUGACUGUGGCAAGAACUGGUAUAACUAGACAUGUACAGCUAAUGCCUGCUGAAAACUUCCAGGGUAGGCUGAAGUGAUAUUCUGAGUGAAGAAAUGCAGCAGAUUGUGAGUCAAGGAGAAGGGAAGUUACUGUGUUGUUUUGCCUUUUUUUUUUUUGUUUAUUUUUACAUGUAAAAAUGCAUUAAUAGCUUGAGGGUGACAAAGCAAAAUAUUGUCAAAGUUUGUAAAGUGAAUGUGCUCGUAGGUCACUGGCACCACCUUGUGAUGAAAGAGAUGUAUGGCAGCCUGUCAUCAGAUGCUUUUUGCCGUGUAAUGGUCAUAAUAUAUAAAUAUGUAUAGCAGAGAGCUCACCUGUAACCCGAAUUUUGUACUUUUAUAUGUAUUUCAGUUCUGAUGAAGUUAACUGAUUUGCAAUGCCUGUGCAUUAAAAUGAUCAUUUCAGUAC